CGAUUCUCCCGACUGUAAUUGCUUCUCAGAUGAUCUGUAGUGUAAAAUUUGUUAGAAAACUUAUGAAAAUGGAUCGAAAAAAAUUAGAAAUUAUAAAAUAACGCGCGAAGAAAGAUCAGGUUGCGAUUGGUCGUGAACUACACGUGAUAAAUUCGUCUCACGUUUCUGUUUCGCGGUUGAAAUACUAAUAAUAACCAACCGCCGUUGUUACCGGUUACUUGUCAUCGGUUGCUCGUCGCGGAAUUGAGCAAGGACUUGUCAUCGGUUACUCGUCACGGAAUUGAGCAAGCAAGGAUUGCUCGUUAGAAUUGUAACACUCGACAGAAAAACAUGCACGUGAUUAAACGCGACGGUCGUGUUCAGGCUGUUCACUUUGAUAAAAUAACAUCAAGAAUUGUGACGUUAUGUUACGGUUUGGAUAUGAAUUAUGUGGAUCCUUCUGUUGUUACUCAUCGUGUCAUAUCUGGUUUUUAUUCUGGAAUGACAACGGUUGAAUUGGACACUUUGGCGGCUGAUAUUGCAGCAAGCAUGGUCAAUCAGCAUCAGGAUUAUGAGACUUUAGCAGGAAGAAUUGCCAUAUCCAACCUGCAUAAGGAAACGAAGAAAGUUUUCAGUGAAGUAAUAACUCAGUUAUACCAUGGACAUGUAUCAAUCAUGAACAAACGUUUUCCCACAAUCUCUGAGAAACACUAUAUGAUUAUUCAAGAGAGUGCAGACAAAUUAAAUUCAGCUAUAAUUUAUGACAGGGAUUUCAAUUAUAGUUAUACUACGUUUAAAAUCCUUGAGAAUAAAUACUUGCUGAAACUAAAUGGAAAGGUGGUCGAGAGGCCACAGCAUAUGCUGAUGCGGGUUGCUGUAUGUAUUCACGGCGAAGACGUUGAUAAAGCUAUAGAGACGUAUAAUUUUCUAUCAAAACAAUAUUUUGUACAUGCUGCACAGACAUUAAAUACUGCUUGUACCGUUAAACAGCAACUAGCUAGUUCAUUUUUAUUGACGAUGUCUGAGGAUAGCAUAGAUGGAAUAUUAGAUUCCUUACAAAGAGCCGCCAUUUUAUGCUAUCAUAAUGGCGACAUUGGUUUUAACGUGCAUUGCAUUCGUGCAAAAAACACACCUAUACGUGGCACAGGAGGUGUGUCGAACGGAUUGGUUCCUAUGUUAAAAGCAUACAAUACAUCUAUCCCGACCGUUUGCAAGAAUGGCAAGACUGAAGCACCAAUUACCGUGUAUCUAGAACCAUGGCAUUUGGAUGUAUUUGAGUUCUUGGAACUCAAGAGGAACAUUGGUGAUGAACAAUUGAGAGCUAAAGAUAUGUUUUACGCGCUGUGGACCCCGGACUUAUUUUUGAAACGUGUUUUUAACGACGAUGAUUGGAGCCUGAUGUGUCCGCACGAGUGUCCGGGGUUGAUUGAAACCUGGGGUGAUGAAUUUGAGACUUUGUAUAUCAAGUAUGAGAAGGAGAAACGUUUCCGGAAACAAGUUAAGGCCAGAGAUUUAUGGCUUCUCGUAACUCAGUUACAAGCUCAAACGGGUACACCAUACAUAGUGUAUAAGGAUCAUUGUAAUCGCAAGUCAAAUCAUCAAAACUUGGGCACAAUUCAAUGCGGUAGCUUUUCCACCGAGGUCAUUCAAUAUUCGAGUUCCGAUGAAGUUGCCGCGUGCAAUACAGCUGCAAUUGCCGUCGAUAUGUUUGUGAAUUCUACCUCGAGAACUUACGACUUCUCUAAGCUUAAGGAAGUAGCCAAAGUUGUUACGUACAAUUUGGAUAAGAUAAUAGACGUUAAUUCAUAUCCUCUUGAAGAAGCAGCAUGGUCCACUAGUAAACAUAGAGCCAUCGGUAUUGGCGUAACGGGCUUGGCGGAUGCGUUUAUCUUAAUGAGAUAUCCAUUUGAAAGUAAAGAGGCUAAAGAGCUCAAUGUACAAAUUUUUGAAACCCUUUAUUAUGGUGCCUUAGAAGCUAGUUGCGAAAUGGCCAUGGAAAAUGGGCCUUAUGAGACGUAUGAAGGAAGUCCAGUUAGUAACGGAAUUUUGCAAUAUGAUAUGUGGAAUGUAAAACCAACAGACUUAUGGAAUUGGGAUACUUUAAAAGCAAAGAUAGCAAAACACGGAAUACGGAAUUCUUUAUUGAUCGCGCAGAUGUCGGAUUCUUUCAUGGCGCAAAUGUUAGGAAACAAUGAAUCAAUUGAGCCAUAUAUAAGCAACAUAUGUAUAAUGUAUGCGUUAUCUAAACGGUUUCCAUAUGUUAAGGCACGUUUAUUGCGUGAUCUUGUUGAAAAAGGUCUUUGGAGUGAAGACAUGUGUAAUAAAAUCAUUGCUAAUGGUGGUUCCAUACAAAAUAUCGAUGAUAUACCCGAGGAUUUGAAGUUACUUUAUAAAACUGCCUGGGAAAUGCCGCAAAAGACAAUUUUUGAAAUGGCGGCUGCUCGUGCACCUUAUAUCGAUCAAUCGCAGUGUUUGAAUGUUCACAUGAUUGACCCAUCCGAUAAACUCACGUCAAUGCACUUUUAUGCGUGGGAAAUUGGUUUGAAGUCUAGUAUGUAUCAUCUCAAAACUGAAGACUCUGCUGACUAUAUUCAAACGAAAGCUGAAAAAUAACAUUUUUAACGAAGGCGUAACGCCAAAUGUCACGGACAAAAAAUAUGUGAAACAUAGAUAUCAACAACAUUGCGUUUGAAGUUGUUUCUUUAAAUAUUAUAUGAAAAUUAUAAACAUUUUAAUAUACUAUUUUUUUAAAUAGCGUUC